AUGUCCAAGCCAGUCGUCCUCGUCACAGGGGCGUCCAAAGGAAUUGGUCUCGCUGUAACGAGAUCGCUGUUGGAGGAACACAACGCAGCCGUCGUCGCCGUUUCUCGUUCCGAGACCGAUCAGCUUGUUUCUCUUAGCAAACAACAUCCACAAGCGCUAUCCAUUAUAAGUUGUGACGUAUCGAAUGAGGCCGCGUUCAGACACGCUAUAGAGCAAGCACAUGGAAUACAUCAGCGAAUCGAUGGUUUGGUCCUCAAUGCAGGAGCACUCGAGCCUCUUGGCCGCAUCGGUGAUCUAGACAAUACGCUGGAUAGCUGGAGGGCCCACUUCGAGGUCAACUUCUUCUCUCUCGUGACUGCUCUGCAAGCAGCCCUCCCUCAUCUUCGCAAAAGCGAACAAGGAGGCAAAAUCAUCUUCAUUAGCUCAGGGGCCGCGACAGGAAGCACAGCCGGAUGGGGUCCCUACAAUGCUUCAAAAGCAGCCUUGAACAGUCUCAGCAGGACGCUCGCACAAGAGGAACCCGGCAUUGUCUCCCUUGCCUUAGCUCCGGGGAAGGUUGACACUGAUAUGCAAUUGCACCUCCGACAACAAGGGGCGCCACACAUGACCGAGAAGGACCAUAAGGUCUUCCUAGAUGCUCACAAGGAUGGCGUGCUUGUCAACUCUUUCGACGUCGGCUAUGUCAUUGCUGGACUUGCACUUCGGGCACCAUCUUCUCUGAGUGGAAAGGCCGUCCGGUGGGACGAUGCCGAUUGCCAAGGAUUUAGACGAGAGCACGUUCAGCCUGAGGCCGGGGGCUCUGUUUGA